AGCAGCCAAGUGAAGUCAGUAGAGGGAUUCAUUCACAAAAAAUUAGAACACACAAAAGAGAGAAAUAGAGAGAGUUUCAUUCUCGGAUUUUUCUGGACAGUCUUUACAGAUCUGGCUGUUGCCGGAAAUUCAACCGUUGGAUCAUGCUCAAAUUUUGACAGCUUGUUCCUGACAUCAAGGGCUUUAUUUUGGACGGUGGAGAUCGUCGUUCGAGCUCUGGUUUGGUCAGAAUCGUCCUUGGACAGAAGCGCUGUUUUAGGGAGUCAUAAUGUCCUGCAAUACUGAAUCUCCCUCUAAACUGAAGAAGUGUAACUGUGGGUUGCCACUAGCAAGGCUGACAUCUUGGACGAGGGAGAAUCCAGGGCGCAAGUUCAAGGCUUGUAAAUUUUGGGAUCCAAACACUGAGACAAGGGGUUGCAAAUGUUUUGAAUGGGUUGACUUAGAGCAAACUGAGUGGCAAAGGGAGGUAAUCAACAACCUCACUCUUGACAAGAAGUUAAUGAAGUCUGAGAUGAAUUCUUUGCAAAGGGAGGUUGAUGAUCUUGUUGGGCAAAGGAGGUGUUUGCUAAAUGAAGUUGACACAUUGAAGACUAAAUGCAAGGCCUUGUCUGGUGAUAGGAAGAAGAUGACAGGCAACAAUGGUAGUGGUGACAGGCUUCAGUUGACUGUAGUUGUUGUAUUUUGUGUACUUGUUAUGGUUUUAGGAGUUUGUGUAGUCAUAAAACUUGUUUAGGGGAGGGUGAUGAAUUCCAGGGUAUUAUGUCUAAGUAUGGUGAUACUAAUUUUCCUACUAAUUAUGUAUGGUUCUUAAUUGUAGUUGUAUUUGUGGUUUGUAUUGAACUUAAGUUAUAUAUUGCACUUUAUGUAUGUAUGAAUUUCAAAAGUAU